CUUAAUGACGCAUGGUGUGUAACCAUCAUGUCAAUAUCAUUCCCCGUUUUCAAGUGCGCACAAAUGCAAACAGAAAUAUGAAUAACUCGUUUAUACGUGUUCUUGCUAAGUUGGAAGUUGAACGGAACUUCAAAUAGUCAGACAACAACGUGAGGUGCUGCGUGUCCGACAUUUGUUUUUACAGUAUUGAAAAGGAACAGCUUUUCAGCAUUGGAAAGGACAAGGGUGAAUCACAACUCGCACGUAUCGAUUUCAACAAAAUGAUUGGUUGUAAUAUACUGGUUCGCAACUUCGCCAUUUUCCUGGCCGGCAUGAUGACGCAUAUUUCAGCUGUUGGCGAUUCAACCUUCACAUCAUCGAUAGAAGCUGACGUAGCCGCUAACAAUCCAGACGUCGUAGCAGCCGGAACUGCUAAGCUACGUAUGUUGGCAGCUUCAUUAACGUCCAGCGGAGUUGCUGUAGAGCUGGAAGAGCUCCUUCCAGAAACCAUCGAGAAUGGCACGACCAAUCACAUGACCGUCUUACAGGGUGACACAGCUUUACUUCCCUGUAAGGCUUACAGCCUUGGCCAGCGAACGGUUUCGUGGAUUAGACGGAGAGACUGGCACAUCAUGUCGUCCGGCAGUCACGUCUACACAGCCGACAGCCGUUUCAGCGUCCUCAACCGGCCCGGUUCGCCUGACUGGAUUUUGAUGCUCAAAUCACCUCAACUUCACGACUCGGGCACUUAUGAAUGCCAGAUUGCAGGUGGACAGGGACAAGUUUCGCAUUUUAUCGAACUUUUGGUUUGGACGCCUGUGGCUUCCGUAGUCGAGGGUAGCGAACAUCACGUUGAAGCUGAGAGUAACAUCCAGCUGCACUGCAAACUUCACCCGGAAUCGAAGAAUCACAGCAAUGGGAACGAUACAGACGUCAACACUGGCGUCGAAGAACAGCAGACCAAAUUUCCUCAGCUGACUUUACCCACGGUGGGAGGAGGCGGCCUACCGUUCGUUUGGUUCCAUAAUGGCCGGCCGUUGAUUCACGGCAGCAAAUCAUCCGCCGGAUUAGGAUUGGUGUCUGUUUUCUUGGAAGGCGUAUCCGAAUCGGACGCUAGCAAAAGAGACUGGAUGGCAUGGACCAGCCGCCUGGUGAUCCAGCGUGCAGAUCCGGCUGAUUCCGGCAAUUAUACCUGCGUACCGUGGAGAGGGAAGGCCGUCUCAGUCAACGUCUUCGUCUCACAAGGUGAUCGACCAGCGGCGGUUCAAAGGCAGUCAGCGCUGAAAUCUUCCAUUCCACUGAAUGUGCUCAUCUUCGGAUUAAAUUUCCUUCUUCUUCAGAUCCCUCUUCAAGAUCGAUGAUCCUCUGUUGCUUUGUUCUUUUUUGUUUCAAGGUUCCACAAGCAGUCAUCUUAACUGUUAAUCCUUAUUGCAUCGGUGCCCGUAUGUGUACAAAGAUUCUUCUCAAUGAAAAAAAAAAGCAGAUAACAAUUUAAAUCUUGGAAAUUUAUGGCAUUAAAUCUUAUCUCUCUUUUCAAUGUUUACCGCGUUUCUUUUCCCUUCUAACGGUUUCCUUGACUUUCAAAAAUACGCGCGUCACUAAGUGCAAAUUCUAUCUCGAUGUUUGUAUGAGUUCACUGUACUUGAUUCUAAAUCCUAGAAGGAAAAUAAAACAAAAAUAAAAUAUU